AUGUCUUCUUGGUUCAACACCACCAGCACCCUGCUGCAUGUGUCCGCCAUCCCAGAGGGUAUCCCCGCUUCCAAGCUGGUAGAAGGGCUGCAGAAUCAUGUCAACUACCUCAAGCACAACCCUCACAUGGCAAAGUACGAGCCGAUUGCCACGCCGACAGAUCCAGCUCCCACGAUUCCUGAUGCGCGUGGGGCAUCGGCCACGGGGAAGCCCGACUGCUACCGUGUCACCGACAAGGUGCACACGCUCCCUGCUGGACUCUGGGACUCGGACGUCGUGAGCACAUACGAGUUCAUCGACGUCGAUAAGGGCGUGUUUGUGCGUAUACGCAGUCCAAUGAGCGUCAUGAUGGAGUCGCUCUGGCUUGUCAAAGAGACAGAGGACGGCAAGGCUGAGCUGGUUGAGGAGCAGGUGAUUACAGCGUCCCGACUGCUCAUGAGCACGGUAAAAUCCAUGUCAGAAGCUGGAUGGAACGAUAUUCAUGCCUCUAUGAUUAAAAAGGCGCAGGAAUAG